GCUGAUGAAAAUCAAUAUUUCACUUUCACCAUUAGAAAAAAGAACGAGGCAAGUACUAGGUAGUGUCAUAGGACAAUAGAAAAAUUUGAGAAUUGUAUCUUGUGAUUUCGCGGUCGAGGACAAUCAACCUAAGUCCAACCAAAAAACGUUUUUUCGUCUGUUCACUUUCAUCAAAAACCCACGCGCUUGGUAUCUUGUUGUGAAAUCUAUGGUCGUACCAUGUAAAUGUUAUUCAUAAAAAGUAUAAAUUGUUCUUCUAGAUCUAGUCCUCACGCAUAAAUCUCGGAAUGAAAAGAUGGGAAAAUCACCCUCCAAUAUGAAAGCUUUGACGCGGCCCCGCCUCAUCAUCCACGGAGGCUGUGGGGCUCGUGAAGACCCUACGAAAAAAACGCGAGAAUACCACGAUCAUUUGCUGCCGAUACUGGAAAGAGGAUACGAAUUCCUGAACAAUGCGAAAAAAAAGAAUGGCUCCAGUUCUUCGAGUGCUGCUACGACAAGGUCGAAGAAGUUUUUCCUCUAGAGACCCUACAGAAAGGCACGGAUCCACUAGUACUCUUUCAGAAACUAGUAUUAAGGCUCAACUUUCAAUGGUCAUUGGAGUUGGUCACCGAGAUCGAAGAGGCGACCCCUUGAGAGAACAGGGGAAAACGAAGGGAAAGGGGAGAGCUUAGAAGGGGGCCCCUUCCGUUCAGAGUCAGGGAUCAUUGAAGGCUGAGCUUUAAUAGUAGUAAUCUUUAUUUAAGAAAGAAGGUAAGAAGAUUCCGUACUUUUCCUGCAAGGAACUUCUACAGUCGAAGAAGUUUAAGAAAGAAGGCGACAUCGUUUCUUGAGGAGGAAAAACGUCUUCGACGUUUCUUGAUUUAAGAAAGAAAGUCGAAGAAGUUUUUCCUCUAGAGACCCUACAGAUAUCGAGUUCCUAGGGUAGAAAACGGGAUGAAAGGCAUGGUAAAUUUGAGCCACAGGAGGUCGUGGAUUCAAUAAAGGGUCCCUUUUACGUGAGUCACAGGAACAUUCGGAGAUACUCUAGAGGACCUAAUUUGUUUCUAAGUCGCCACACUACUAGAUCGCCAGCAUCGAACGCUAGCUGGUGAGAUGGCCACUCGCUACGCACGGGAGGAACUCGGUCUGCCUGUAGCCAAUGUGAUGGCGCCGCAUCGCCUAGAAGAAUGGAAGCGAAACUGUGAGGCACUGAAGAGAGCGGCGGAGAUUAAGGCUGUAGUUUGAUGCAGUAGCACUUCACAGCUGCAUCGAUGUUCUCAACGGAGGCGAUGCAUGAUUCCCUUGAUGGCGAGACCACUGAUACAGGUUGUCACCUGAGAAGAAGUUGUUUUCACAAGGACGUAGAAUGAUAGAGCAGGAGUCCUUGCUACUUUUAUUUCUUCUAAUCAAAAAAACAACGGAAAAGUCGCAGCUGGUGAGGACUGUCUCGAAACGAUUUUCCCUAAGAACAAGAAAUUCAAAAGAGGAACUGAAGUUGACCGAACUGGAACCAUCGGUGUUGUUUGUCUCGACGCAGAAGGUCAUCUCCCAGCUGUGACCAGUACUGGUGGUGCUGGCUUUGAAAUUCCGGGGCGCGUCUCAGACUCAGCAACCUGUUUUUCGAAUUUCGCCAAUAGCGAAUGUGCUGUUGCCUGUACGGGUAUCGGCGAACAUAUCAUCGAGGACGGAGCAGCAGUGAAAACGCAUACCAGAGUUGUUGAUGUUAAGCUUAAAGUUUUUUACAACUUCCUCUUCAAGCACGAAAGAUCAGGGACCACGACGGACAACUCUUUCAACUUCUAAUGAAUUGAUUAUCUCCGAGUAAAGAUUCGAUUGGACACCAUCUCUAACUCUCGCAUGCCUCUCCAAAAAGCAGUCAGGGAACUACUCCACUGGCGCAACCAGUGAACGCGACACGUUUUGGGCAUACAAGGAUGAGAAUAGAAAGUGCACUUUCUACGACCCAGAGGCAGAGGAGUGAAUUGUUAGAUUCAAGAAUGAUUAGUGCUCGAUGCAGGUGAAUGUUCAUAAUGAGCCAGGCGAGCACAAGCAGGACUACUCGGGUGGAAUCUUGACGUUUGAUUUUUCAAAGUUAGAACGGGGGGUGGCUACAUACUUGAAGACAUACUCUAUCUAAUAAUUGUAUAAUGGAUGAAGAAUACGAUUACGAACUCGUACUAAAAAACACUUCAUCCAUAUCUAUCGUUGAAUAAUGGAUGAAGAAUUUUCUGAAUCAAUGUGAAGAAUAUCAAGGCUGACGAGAUGGUAAAUAUUAAUCCCCAGAUACGCUUGAAAAAUUUCCAUGAAAACUGAACAGUGAACCAACUAUAGGUAAGAC